AUGACCGAUCCAUCUGGUGGUAUACCAUUUGUGACGCAAAAUUUACAAGAAGGGAAGAGAUACAUCAAAAGAGGCAACAUCUUGCUCCCAUGCCCUUCAUUCGAAAAACCCGAAGACAUCUUGAAGCUUCCCCCCGAUGAAGAGGUCAUUACCGUUCUCGGCAAACAAUACGUGCCAUCCCGCGUCCAUCAGAGCUCGAAGGUUCUUUCCAAUGCCUCGCCGAUGGGUCUUUUCUCUAGAGACAAACUGUUUGACGAUCUGCAAGAGCCAGGCCGACCCCUGAUGAACGAUUCAGAUCUGCGAAGUCGCAUAUACGAGCGUUAUCUUCACUUUGGAGGCAGCCGAUACGAACGCGAGUUACCUGAUAUGCUGCCACGCUCUGACUGUUGUGUGUUCACGCAUGCGGAUAUUGUACCUCGCAAUAUUAUGAAUGAUGAACAGAACACGGUCACGGGUAUUCUCGACUGGGAAUGGGCGGGAUGGUACCCGGAUUAUUGGGAGUAUGCGCAGAUAAUGAGGCCUGCUUUUGAGGGCGGUUUCAAAGUGUGGAUGGACCGGACUGCACCUCAGAGAUGGGAUAAAAGUGGGACUGAUGCCGCCAGGCGGGUCUUGUUUUAA